GUUUAUAAGAAACAGAAGCAGCAGGAACUGUAACAGGAACUAUUACCUGGGCACCUAACAAACUGAGGUGUACCGGUGUUGGGGAGUCACCUUCUACUACAGUUAGGAGACGCACUUUGCCAUCGCACUGAGGCUCACAGAGCCACUCAUGCAAGUGAGUCACCCUUUUUGGCCGAGGUCUCAAGACGCUGUGGGAAUGAAGUGCAUUACUGAAUGGCUACCACUUAGUUUGGUGUCUUGCUUGGGGCAGUCACUAAAUUACAGCUGUCGUAGAAGUGACCUUUCCUGCCUUCACUUCCAGUCAUCAGUAAAGACAGGGACAGAGCACAAGCAAACAUGAAAGGCUUAUUGGCUCUCAGUACUACCACGAGGAGUGGGCUUUGUGGCCUUGUACCCGCCUCCAUUGUAAGCUGGCUCAGAACAGCAUGCUCCCUAAAACAGCACGAACAAAGUAAAUUUCCCCUCUGCAGGAGGACGUGGGGCCAGAAGCUCAGAACACCCCUGGCACAGGCGCAGAGGCCCCGCUGUGAGAACGCGGCAGAAGACUGAGGACUACUACAGCCCCUGCCUUGCUGAAGACUGGCUUUGUGUUUUUAUGCUCCAAAUAGAAUAAAGCCAAGCCACAGUCUGCUUCCUUUCUUUUAUGCCUCGUCCAAAGUCUCUUUCAACAACUACUUUACAGAUACUUUGAUUCCCAUCUAUCUUAUGUGGUGGUUUUGAUCAAAACAGCACGUGAAGGCAGCAUUCCUGACACAAAGCCUUAUUUAAUUCUCCCUUUCCGAGCACUGCACCCGGGAAAUACUGAGGCAGCGAUACAGUUCCCCACAAAGUUGCCGACAGGCGAGGACCAGCGACCCCUCGGCGCUCUGCUGCUCCUGCCUCCCAGUGCGACCGGUCGCGGUUCGGCAGGCGGACGCGGGACGGGCUCAGGAGCCGAAAGCCACCGCCCGCCCUUUCCUAGCUCCGACCCUGCCGGCACUAAGAAUCGGCGGUGCGCAAGCGCACUGGGAGUAACUCCGCUGUCCUGGCAGGUUGCGACGUAGCAGCCGGGGAUGCGCAGACGCACUGGGAGAGGAUGCGGGGGUGGUGGUGGUGGUGGGACUGGCGGGAUGCUGACCGCUCGAUCCUCUGCUGCUCCUGCCUGCCAGUUGCUAGGAGUCCGGGUAAUGCGCAGACGCACUGAGGGCAGCUGUGGAGCAGGCCGGGCUCGGCACUCUGCUGCCCUUGCCUACCGGUUGCUAGGAGUUGUGGACGCCGCGGGUUGGCCGCCGCCUAGCAGCAGGCCCCGGCCAUCCCCCGGAGCUGGGGCUGGCGGGUUCGUCUCUUUGCAGGUGGUCCGCGCCUGGCCAGAGCCGAGGGCACCGCGCUCUCCCGGGCCCGUGAGGAGCGAUGGAGCCUGGGAAGAGACGAACCAAAGAUGAUACUUGGAAAGCAGAUGACCUCAGGAGACACCUCUGGGCUGUGCAGUUGGGUGGUGCCAAGGAAGAGAAGAAGCACAGAGAAAAGCAGCUACAUAAGGAGUCGGAAGUGGACAUCCCUGACCACAAAGAGCACAGGGAUCCAGGCCGAGAUGUACAGAGGCACAGGGACAGGGUCACUGACAGAGAUGCCCGUACCUCCAAGGAGAAUCCUCAUGGGGAGAGGGAUAGUGAGAGACACAGGGAGAGAAGGAAGGAUGCAAAAGACUGGGAGAAAGAGAGGCUGAGAGAGAAACGUCGAGAACAAGAUGCAGAGAAGUCUCACAGCAAAGCCAAGGACAGAGAAAAGGAAAAGGACAGAAGGGCGAGGAGAGAGGAGCUCCGGCAGGCCACCGCCCACCACGACCUGCUGGACAGGGUGGAGAAGAAGGUGCGCUCAGUAAAUAAAGUAAGAAUUGAAGAGAAAGAAAGGAGAGGUGAAGACCCUGAAGGAGGGGAUGAAGAUAGAGAAAGAAGAUACCGGGAGAGAAAGCUGCAGUAUGGCGACAGCAAAGACAACCCUCUCAAGUACUGGCUCUAUAAAGAAGAAGGGGAGAGACGACACAGGAAGAAACAUGGAGAAAAAAGCAGCACCAGAGAAAAAAGAGAAAAGUACUCCAAAGAGAAGAGUAGCUCGUUCUCUGACAAAGAAGGGGAAGAAAGACGCAAGGAGAAGCGACAUAAAGAAGGCUUUCAUGCUGAGGAGGAGAGGCACCGAAGCAAUGUGGAGAGGAAAGAGAGGUCGUCAAAGGAAGAGCACAGGAAGAGGGAGCCCGAGAGCGGUGAACACAGAAAUCGAGGUGCACAUUUGAGAAGAGACGGGACUGGCAGCCAGCAUGCAGAGAACUUAGUAAGAAGUAAUGGGAAAGAGAAAGACUCGAGAAAGAAGCACAGCCAUGAGGAAGGCCUGGCUGCUUGGAAGUCAGCUCCGAGGCAGGGAGCUCAAGAAGCUGUGGAAAUUGAGAAGGAAGACAUUGAUUUAGAGAAUGCUGGAGUUGAUGAAUACCCUGUCACUUUUGAAGAUGAUUUUGAAGACUAUGAAGAUGAUUUUGAAAUUUGUGAUGGAGAUGAUGAUGACAGCGAGUCUGAAUCAAAAGAAAAAGUUGAAGAACUUUCUCUAGCUCGAAAAAGGGAAAUACAGGAAAUUCAAAAAGCAAUUCACGCAGAAAAUGAAAGGAUUGGCGAGUUGUCUUCACAGCGCUUUCAGAAGCAGGGUUCGAUGGAGCAUGCCAAGGACUCCUGGGCAGAUCCAAACAGUUCCCCUUCCAGGGCCCCUGUUUGUGGAAUUUUUGUGGAUUUUGCAACAGCCUCACACCGUCAAAAGAGUCGGACUCAAGCUCUUAAGCAAAAGUCAAGAAGUACAACACUACUUCGGCUUAUUGACUUGGAUUUUUCAUUCACUUUCUCUCUCUUGGAUUUACCACCAGUUAAUGAAUAUGACAUGUAUAUCAGAAACUUUGGGAAGAAAAAUACCAAGCAGGCAUAUGUUCAGUAUAAUGAAGAUAAUGUUGAAAGAGACAUUCAGACUGAAGACAUAGAAACCAGAGAGGCUUGGACCCAGCAUCCUGGAGAAGGCGCCAUUGUGUCUGGAGGUGAUUGCUGUUUUGCUUGAAGAGGACCGUUUGGCCGCUGAACCCACCUGUAGUCCCAGGGAGCAAGACAGCACCUUGCUGAUCAGUGAUAGCGCCUGCCGGUUGGAUACUGGCCUGCCAUUCCUUCAGAACCGGAAAGUAUCCUGCUUGCACGCCUCUCAAGUUCAGAGACAGAUGAUGGUCUCAGUCCAUGAUUUACCUGGAAAGGCAUUUGCCCAGCCCCUGGACCUCAGAUAUAUCCUCUGCAUUUGGGAUAUUUGGCAGCCCUCAGGGCCCCAGAAGGUCCUGAUAUGUGAGUCCAAGGUCACGUGUUGCAGCUUUAGCCCUUUUAAAGCAUAUCUGCUGUUUGCCGGAACUGUGCAUGGCUCUGUAGUUGUGUGGGAUUUGAGAGAAGACUCUAGGAUACAUCAUUAUAUAAGGCUGAGCGAUUGUUCUUGGACCUUCAGGACGCCCACAUUUUCCACUGAUGGAGUCCUGAUGUCUGUAAACCACCAGAGUCCUCUUCAGGCGGUAGAGCCCAUCUGCACAACUCCAAGCAGGAAGCAGAGCUUUGUGCUUUCGCCCUUUUCUACUCCGGAAGGAGCAUCAGGUUUGUCAUUCCACAUUGCUUCCUUGGACGAGAGUGGGGUUCUCAAUGUGUGGGUGGUGGUUGAAUUGCCUAAGACGGAUAUUGCAGGUUCAGUAAGUGAUUUAGGCCUCAUCCCUGGAGGGAGGAUUAAGUUGGUGCACAGUGCUGUGAUCCACUUGGGUGGCAGUCUAUCUCAUAAAGGUAGUGAGUUUGGGGGUCCCACACAAACCCUGAACAUCAAAUUUCUGCCUUCAGACCCUAGUCACUUUAUCGUUGGCACAGAUGUGGGUCUUAUAACUCAUGGCACAAGGCAGGACUUGAAAGUAUCUCCCAAAUCCUUCAAACCUCAGCAGUGCGCGUUAGGAGCAGUAAAGGUUAAUGUGAUCGACUUCUCACCAUUUGGAGAACCGAUAUUCUUGGCUGGCUGCUCAGAUGGCUGCCUCCGGCUACACCAGAUGAGCUCCGAGUGGCCACUGGCACAGUGGAACAGCAGCACCAGGGGGCACGCCAUCACCGGCCUGCAGUGGUCCCCCACACGGCCAGCUGUGUUCCUGGUGCAGGAUGCUGGGUCCACCGUGUAUGUGUGGGACCUGUUGCAGAGCGACCUGGGCCCUGUGGCCACACAGCCCAUCUCCCCAGACAGGCUGGUGGCCAUGACUGUCCUGGGGGAGCCGGAGAGGCCCAGCGGCAGCUUCCUGGCCCUGGUGCUGGCCAGGGCCUCAGGCACCGUGGACGUGCAGUACCUGAAGAAGAGGUGGGCAGCCACCCAGGCGGAGGAGAGCCAGUGGCUGCGCCUGUUCCUGCAGGAGGCUCCUCUGGAGCGAGGCCGUGGAGGCUACGGGCAUAUCGGGAGGGCGGAACUUGUGUAUCCCUGAGAGUCAGUCUUACAUCUGUGUGCACUGUACUCUGUAUAUAGCAUAUGCAUGUCCUGUACAUAAUUUCUUUUACAGAAGAUUACUUCAGUAUUGCCAGUCAUUAUUUUUGAAUGGAAAUAAAUGAACAUUUUUAUACAUACUAAACUUCAGGAGAAAUACCGAGUCAUGUCCAGUAUGCUCUUUUCUGAGGGUAUUUCUGGUUAUUUUUAGAAGGGCUUUAAAAUAUCGUCACAUUUUUAUUAGAUUUAAACAACCCACCAUGAAAAUGUAUUUUCCUGGACUAUUUUCUUAUUCAUGCAUACAAUGAUGAUUAAAGGGAACUACUCCACUGA